UUUUUUGUAUUAGGAAUAUAAAAAGAUAUAUUAGAAAUGUAAAAAAAUAUACUGGUAUGAGACAGUUAUUAUUUUAUUAAUCUAAAAAAACCAUCAAAAAACUAAACAAACCAGCUUUUUCAGCAUUGCUUUCGCAUUAACUUCAACCAUAAUUGUUUGAGUUUGUCCUUUCUUGAAGAUGAACAUGAAAUCCUCCUCAUUUUUUCGGAGUAAUUACCCAACAGAAGUUCUUGUGCACCCAAGAAAAGGGGCUUGAUGGUCUCAAUUUUCCAGUUUUCUAGUUUUCAAGGACGGAAUUUGAUACAGAAAACAACGGCGUAUUGUUUACGUUUCGAUUCAAUUGAAAAUAAUUGAGGUACCUGUGUAACCGGUUCUCAACGAUUCAAUUAGCAAACAUCACUAGGAAUGCGAACUUAUUAUGUAGCGUCUAUAUCAUUGAUCGGAUUUUUAGCGAGCAUGAAAGCAAAUUUGUUAAAGGAAACCAUUCCAGUUUGUUCACUGAUAGAGCCUUUGAAGCAAAAUUUGGCUGCCCAAGUUUGCAUAAUGUCCCCUGAUCUUAUUCCCAGAAACCGAAAGUUUUAGUCACUGUUAUUCGACUACUGUUAUUUUGACUUUUGAUGAUCUACUUCUGUCCACAAUAUUUGAUAUUUCCAUCCCUUCAAAAUAUCUUUGCAACCUGAGUGUCAUGCCGACCCCAACCAUCAGCAUGCAUUUACAAAGUUCGAAUCUUUUGACAUACAAAACAGAAUACGGCAUCUGUGAUCAAAGGAAAAGAUUAUGGAAGCCAUUAGAACUUAUUCUACUGCAUUUUUUCAUGCUUUUGGAGCAAAAUUCGACAGCCCAAUUUUGCACAAUGCAUUAAACUAUCAGCAAUUCUCUUUGAAACUCCCCUCAUUUCCUUCCCACAAACCAAAAUUCACCCUUUUUUCAGCAGCUGCUGCAUCUGAUUCACCAGUGCUAACUUAUAACAAUGAAUCCAGAGACGACUCCUCAUUUGAUCAAGAAUUUACUGAUGAGACCAAACUGAUACAAGAUGAGAAAUUUGAUUGGUAUUCUCAUUGGUACCCGGUGAUGCCUGUUUGUGAUCUUGACAAGAGGAGACCCCAUGGAAAGAAAGUGAUUGGAAUCGACAUCGUGGCGUGGUGGGACAGGAACGAGAAUGAGUGGAAGGUGUUUGAUGAUAGGUGUCCUCAUAGGUUGGCUCCUUUAUCAGAAGGGAGGAUUGAUCAAUGGGGCCGGCUUCAGUGUGUUUAUCAUGGCUGGUGCUUUGGUGGUUCUGGUGACUGCAAGCUCAUUCCACAAGCUCCUCGGGAUGGUCCUCCGAUUCAUACUUCCAGCAAAGCUUGUGCCACUGUAUACCCAAGUUGUGUCCAGAAUGGCGUACUUUGGUUUUGGCCUAACACUGAUGAGCAAUACAAAGAUAUUUUCACUAGAGAAAAGCCACCAUUCAUAGAGGAAUUGGAUGAUCCAUCUUUUUCUUGUCGGAUGAUUACAAGGGAUAUACAAUAUGGGUAUGAGGUGCUCAUAGAAAACCUUAUGGAUCCUUCACACGUUCCAUAUUCACAUUAUGGUAUAUUUAAAUUCCCAGAGCCGCCCAAAAGUGUGAAGGCAGACAGAGAAGGAGGAGUGCCACUUGACAUAAGUUUAAAAACUUUUGGUAAAGAUGGUUUCAGUACAAAAACGCCGACAGGUUUAUCAAACAGAUUUAUUCCGCCUUGUGUCUACUAUGGUUCUGACUUUUUUUCCUCGGUUGGAGCAAAUCCAGAUAAUCAAUCUGCUAGAACAACAGAGAAUCCAUCUACAACAACAGCACCUGCAACAAAGAGGUUACUGCUGGUGUUCAUAUGCAUCCCAGUCAGUCCUGGUAAUAGCAGAUUAAUAUUUGUCUCAACAAGGAAUUUUGAUGUCUGGAUAGAUCGUUUGGUCCCACGUUGGAUAAUUCAUCUAGGCAUCAAUUUAAUUUUGGAUUCAGAUUUAUAUCUUCUCCAUGUACAGGAACAGAAGAUCCACGAAGUUGGAUCCAUCAAUUGGAAUAAAGCUUGCUUUGUUCCUACAAAGGCAGAUGUGAUUUUGGUUGCCUUUAGAAGAUGGUUAAUUAAAUAUAGUAAUGGCCAAGUUAACUGGAGAGGAAAGUACAGUGGUGGAGCUCUCCCACCAACUCCCCCUGUGGAGCAGCUCAUGGACAGGUACUGGAGUCAUACAGUGAUCUGCAGAAGCUGCAACCUAGCCUAUAAAGUACUCCAAUUGCUAGAGAUCAUAUUGCAGGUUGUCUCUAUUGGUUCAAUUGGAAUCGUUGCUGCUGUUAAGCCUUCCGCUUCAUUGCCAGUUACUGCAAAAUACACUCUGGUUUCAACAGCUAUUCUUUUGUUUGUGGCUUCCAAGUGGUUGUCUCGCUUCAUAUACAAAAACUUCCAUUUCCAUGACUAUGAACAUGCUUUUCGCUAG